GCAUUGCCUACCUUACUACAUGUACCUGUACCUUCCAGCUUACCUAUGCAAUUAGUGCCGGCUUCCUGAUGGAAACGCUACAGCAGCAGUCCUCUCUCUCCUACGACGACACAUCACGCAGCGCGCUCGCUUCUGGAAAGUGUCCAUGUUGUACUCCACUUCGAGGCUGCGGAACCUCUCUGGACAUGGGUCGCCAGCUACGGAGCACCAGCUGAUGUGGCGUGUUCUCUCCUCGAAGGUUGCAAGACUUGCAGCCACUGUCAUUUUCACCGUUUUGCUCGCGCUGCUCUGGAUACGAGGUCUACGCCCCAGCUUGAUCUACAGCGGCCUUUCGAGCUCCGGUCCGCAGGCGCUUGACAGCCAGAAUCUCGUACAGGACUUUGAGCUCAACUCGAAUAAUGGUUAUCCUCCAGGGGUCAAAGGGAAAGGCCGGUUGCAUCUGCUGGUGCCGGCCACAAGUACAAAUCCUGAACUAUGCAAACUCCUGCUCUCGGCGCAGAUUCUGGGAUAUCCCACGCCGGUUCUGAUCAAUUAUGGCGACCACGAGGCGAAGGAUGGCUAUGUCCAGCAUCUGGCAAAGGUAGGGGGCAUCCUUAAUUACCUCGAGGGGCUAGAGAGUUCAGACGAGUAUAUGGAGGAUCUGGUCCUGAUCAUAGAUGGCUAUGAUGUCUGGUUUCAGCUUCGUCCGGACGUGCUGAUCAAGAGAUUCUAUGCCAUCAAUGCUGCUGCGAACGCCAGAACUAUUCAGCGUUAUGGCGAAAAGGUGUUCGCCGAGCGUGAGAUGUUUCAGAGCGUUGUCUUUGGCCCAGACAAACUAUGCUGGCCCGUGGACUUCAGCAGACCCGCUUGUUGGGCUAUUCCGGAGAGCACGAUGCCGGAGACGGCUUUCGGACCAGUCUAUGAGCAAGAAGACCGGGACAAGGCGCCUGCGAAGUGGCUCAACAGCGGCACAGUGAUGGGCACCAUAAGAGACUUGAGGGACAUAUUUAACGCCACUUUGGAAGCCAUUCAUGCCAACCACGUGACAGACUCUGAUCAAUACUACUUUGCCAACCUCUGGGGUGAUCAGGAGUUCGAGCGCUUGACCAACCGGCCGGACCUGUUGCAGAAAGCGAAGAGCAAGGUCUACUAUGACCAUGAAGAUGCGAACAAUGGCAGCUUGUACCGUUUAGAGCCGAUCACGUUUGGUAGGAGGACAGAGUAUCACAUUGGCAUCGACUACGACUCUACCAUGUUUCAGACCUUGGCCUUCUGGAAGGGACAGUUGGCCUGGACCCGGGAAGUCGACUCCUGGUCGCCUCCAGCCCAGGCUCAUCACUUGCCUCAGAAGCCAUGGGAAAUCAGCCUUGAUGAGGACAUAUUGGCUUCGCGCCCACCUUUUGACUCACUUGAUCAUGGAUUCACCUACAUGAAUAGUACGCCCCCUGGCUGGGAGAGCGUGGAAUUGGCGUAUAACGUCCUGACGCACCAGCACCCGGUCUUGCUCCACGUCACUGGGAACCCGGAGGAGAAGCACUUUCGGCAAUACUGGUGGCAUAGGAUGUGGUUCCAGAAAAAAGCCGAGAGAUUGAGGCAGGCAACACAUGUUCUGGAUGAAAGUCUGAUCACAGACGUGCCUAUUGCGAACAUGCUCUGGUACAAUGCUGUGCCCGCAGACGACGCCGAUGACAUUGUCGAUAAAGGCAAAGGUGGCGCAUGGACGGAUCGACGAGGGUGGCUCAGCUGGAACCGACUGUGCAGAGGCUCGCUGGAAGAGCUAUAUGCUCCUGGUAACGAUACCGCGUAUCACCCUAUCCUGAAUGCUACGUCGUCGGCAAGUCUAGUGCGGCCAACACUUCUGCCCAUCACGGAUGACAUGACUCUGCCGGAUUCACAGCCACAGGAGUACGUACCUGACCAGCAGGCACCACCAUUGCCUUAUGACCAAGUGGCGACGCAAGAAGAGCCUGCGCUCGAGCAAUCACCAGAGGCACCGGCGGCACUACCUUGGACGCCAGCUGAAGCGCCAGCAGCAGUAGGAUUACCGCCGCCCAGACCAGUGGAAGAAUACCAAGUGGCAGACUAGGCAGUGGAAGUGUGUGACAAGAGCCUCGGCGGCGUGAAUAUGCCGCUGACGCCGCUAGAGCAGAGCAAAGCAAAGCAAAGAAUUUGGAGUAGUACAGGACGACGACACAGCACAGCCAGCAGCUCUAUAGCAACAGCAGCGUCUCCCUCGGCUUCUUGGCAUCUACAACAAACAUGAUUGGUACAUUUUUUUGAUAGCGUUCGAAGCGACACAUUAUGUAUUAUCAUAGAAACAAAUCAAUCACACAGGAGGCACAUCUGUCGGUAGGGUACAUGUAGGGUUGUAUGUAUAUACAAGGUAGUGAAAUAUCAG